AUGGAAAUAUUAUACGGAAGCGUCUUGAAGAAGACAUUUUCGAUAUACAUAGUAUAUUUUAAAGUGAAAAAUAUUUUUCAGGUGCUUUUGUUGCUCUUGGGGGUCUCCGCUGCCUUAGCCGGGGAAAAGAAGCCUACUAAACGUGGGGUCUUUGGUGAAUCCCUUGGUUACGGUGUUGGGAGCCACAACAGCGGACUUGGAAACCUCCACUCCAGCCUAUCCCUUGGAACCUCAUCCUUCGGACUCCAAUCCGGAAAUGGUAAUGGCUGGAACCUAGGUGGCUCUGGAUCAGGACUCUACAGCUCAGGAAUAGGAUAUGGAUCAGGCGCUGGACUGUCUCUCUCAGGAGCAGGAAGUAAUCUCAACAUUGGCGGAUCUGGAUUCGGCUCUGCGAAUACCAUUGACCUCGGUCAGUCUGUAUCGCGCCACAUCACUGUCACCAACAGAGUAGGAAUUCCAGUACCGCAACCCUAUCCAGUCACCGUAGAGCGCAGGGUACCAGUUCCAGUACCGCACGCAGUUCCAGUACCUGUAGACCGCCCCUACCCAGUGCAUGUGCCCAAGCCAUAUCCAGUCACAGUUGAAAAGCGCAUUCCCGUCGCAGUCGAUAGACCAGUACCCGUUCCAGUCAGGGUACCCGUCAAAGUAGCAGUUCCAGUCCCAUACAGGGUGGAAGUACCACAGCCUUACCCAGUGACCGUGCACAAACCAGUGCCUGUACAUAUUCCUACUCCGGUCAUUGUCAAGAAGUUCGUGCCCGUACCAGUUUCCAGUGGAUGGUCCAAUUCUGGAUGGUCUAAUGCUGGAUCGGGGUGGUCUGCUUCUGGAUUGUCCGGAUAUUCUGGAUGGUCUGGUUCGUCUGGCUUAUCAGGCUCUACUGGAUGGUCUGGUUCCUCUGGGCUAUCAGGCUCUUCUGGGUGGUCUGGCUCCUCUGGAUCAUCAGGAUCUUCUGGAUGGUCUGGUUCUUCGGGAUCCGGUUGGUCCAACAACAGAUGGUAA